CCGCUCCAAUGGAACCCAACCCGAACUCGCCACGAAGCAGCUGCAUUCCUUCCUGUUCCUGAAUCCUGAAUCCUGAUCCCCGUCUCUCUCUGUGUGUCUCUGUCGUCGUCUCUCACGCUCUCCUCCCUUCCCCCGAAUCAAUCCGCGGCCCCGUUCCGGCGGUCGGGCGGCGUGGCUCCGCGGAAAGGAACAGACGGUGCGGCGGCGGCGAGGGGACUCGCCGGCGGCGACGAGCUGGGUCGUUGGGUAUGAGAGGGCGGGUGUCUCGCCCCCUUGCGGCUUCAGCCAGCACCACAGCCGACCCCUGCUGCCGCCGCGGCUCUAUGGACGGCGGCCUCCUCGUCUUCGUCUUCUACCUCUCGCUUCCUAUACGUGGCGGCCGCGACCACUCCUUAACCUCCUCCUCGUCUAAUUGCUAAUCCACCCCGCCCGGAUCGGUCGAUCUCGCUCUGCACUGCACUCACUCCCCGCCCGAUCUGUGUGUUUCGAUUCCAUUCCCAUUCGAUUCCGUUCGGUUCGGUUCUCCCCGCCGCGGUUAGGACCAUUUGACCGCGUCAGUCAGGAUGGACCAGCCGCCUAAUGGCUUCGCCGCCGGAGGUCUUUUUGUUCAGCACAUUGAUGGGAAAAACGCUUCUGCCCCUUCUGUCAUUGUGAUUGGUGGAGGGAUUUCAGGCAUUGCAUCUGCCCGUGCAUUAUCGAAUGCUUCAUUUAAGGUCACCUUAUUAGAGUCGCGGGACCGACUUGGUGGCCGUGUGCAUACUGACUAUUCGUUUGGCUGCCCAAUUGACUUGGGAGCAUCUUGGUUGCAUGGCGUAUGCAAUGAGAAUUCCUUGGCACCAUUGAUUAGGCUGCUUGGGCUUAGAUUAUACCGCACCAGUGGUGAUAACUCUGUGCUGUAUGACCAUGAUUUGGAGAGCUACGCUCUCUUUGAUAAGGAUGGUCGCCAAGUUCCCCAGGAGAUAGUAACCAAAGUUGGGGAAACAUUUGAGCAAAUUCUUAAGGAGACGGUGAAAGUUAGAGAUGAAUAUACAAAUGACAUGCCUCUUGUUCAAGCCAUCUCAAUUGUUCUUGACAGGAAUCCACAUCUAAAGCUUGAGGGUUUGCAAUAUGAAGUAUUGCAGUGGUGCAUUUGUAGAUUGGAGGCGUGGUUUGCCACAGAUGUGGAUAAUAUAUCUUUGAAAAAUUGGGAUCAGGAACAUGUUCUUACUGGUGGACAUGGCCUUAUGGUAAAUGGCUAUGACCCUGUUAUCAAAGCUCUCGCUCGAGAUCUUGAUAUCCAUCUUAACCACAGGGUUACCAAAAUCAUCCAGCGGUAUAAUAAAGUCAUCGUAUGCGUGGAAGAUGGGACAAGCUUUGUUGCAGAUGCUGCUAUAAUAACUGUCCCUCUCGGUGUGCUCAAGGCAAACAUUAUCAAGUUUGAACCUGAGCUCCCAGACUGGAAACUAUCAGCGAUCUCUGAUCUCGGUGUUGGCCUCGAGAACAAGAUAGCACUCCGGUUCGACACCAUAUUCUGGCCCAAUGUAGAAGUGAUAGGCAGGGUUGCACAAACAUCGAAUUCCUGCGGUUACUUUCUUAAUCUUCACAAAGCCACAGGACAUCCAGUGCUGGUAUGCAUGGUGGCAGGCAGAUUGGCAUACGAGAUGGAGAAGCUGUCAGACGAAGAAUCCGUGGAAUUUGUCAUGUCACAGCUUAAGAGGAUGCUACCAGGGGCCACCGAACCGGUUCAGUAUUUGGUUUCGCGGUGGGGAACUGACCCGAACUCACUCGGUUCCUACUCUUGUGACCUGGUCGGGAAACCAGCUGACCUGUACGAAAGGUUCUGCGCCCCGGUGGGCAACCUGUUCUUCGCCGGGGAGGCGGCCUGCAUUGACCACUCGGGAUCCGUCCACGGAGCGUACUCGUCAGGCAUUGGUGCCGCGGAGGACUGCCGAAGGCGCCUCUCGACGCAGCUAGGCAUCUCCGACCUGUUCCAGGUCGGGAAGAUUGUCAUGAGGGAGGAGAUGGCUGACGCCAUGGUUCCCCUCCAGAUAUCCAGGCUGUGAGAGAAAGAACACAGCUGUGUAGUAGCAACCGUGUUGUCGUGUUAAACAUUGUAGCUGUACUAUUUCGAAGCUUGAUCGAUCUUUGUUGUAAUCUCUGAAUAACAAAAUGCAGAA